UCUUGUGACAUGAUAAGUGUGUUGUAUACAUCUACAAUAAAAAAGUUGUAAUCCUCAUUUCUCGCAAACGAUCUAAACAUUUGUAAGAAUAGAAUCACAUUGGAAUCUUUUCGAGAUCGAAGGACCGACCUAGCUUUAACGUCACCAACGAAUGUUUACAUUCUCGAUUCGUCGUUGAUGUAUAUCGGAGCACCAGGUGACAUUGUUGCAAAGACUUAAACGCAAUAAUGGGUAAUGCGGGAAGCAAUCAACCUGUCGGUCAUCAUCACGGCGCUACAGUGAGCAGAGAGCAUCGACACAGCAAAGAUCAUCCUCCACCCUCCCCAGGAAAGGAAGGCCAGGCGUUCGUCUUUGACAAAAAACCCAGCCAGAAGCUUGUAUUUCAGUCCUCCCAUGAAGAAGAAGAAUCGUACUUUUCAAAAAGCGGCCAACAGGAUGGAGAAGACUUUGGAUCACAGCGUCCGAGAUCUAACACGGUGUCUGAGGGUACAAAAGUUGCAGACAGUAAGGUGUUACCAACUGUUUUCAAAUGGGAAGGAGGUGGAAAGCAGGUAUAUAUUAGCGGGACAUUUACUGGAUGGAAAACGUUACCAAUGGUAAAGAGCCAUGGAGAUUUUGUCACGAUAAUUGAUCUACCAGAAGGAGAACAUCAGUAUAAAUUUUUUGUUGAUGGAGAAUGGAGACACGAUCCUGGACUGAAAAUUGUAGACAAUGGCAUGGGUUCGAAGAACAAUUUAGUCUCUGUAAGGAAAUCUGAUUUUGAAGUAUUUCAAGCUCUUGCAAAAGACAGUGAAGGUGUUACGAAUAGCACUCAAAUGGAAUAUGGACAAGAAAUACCACCACACAAACCUUGGGAGAAAAUAACUGGGCCACCUAUCUUACCGCCACAUCUGCUACAAGUUAUCCUUAACAAGGACACGCCGUUAUCCUGUGAGCCUACUCUUCUACCUGAACCAAAUCAUGUUAUGCUGAACCAUCUUUAUGCUUUGAGCAUUAAAGACAGCGUGAUGGUCCUAUCAGCCACACAUCGUUAUCGCAAAAAAUAUGUUACAACUUUGCUUUACAAACCGAUCUAAAUUUAAUCAUUCCCGUGUUUGUUGGUGCUGUACAUUUUUUAAAUUAUAAAUAACACAGAAGCCCAGACGCGAUAUUGAUGCGUAAGAUUUUUACAAGCUUUUUUGAGACAAAGUAGAAGAAGAUUAUAAUAUCCAGAAAUGGUUGGUU